CUUGUGCACCAGCAGAGUGAGUGAGCACUAGCAUUUGGCAGUAGGCUCCAGCUACACAGGCAAGCCAGCCAUGGCGACUCUCCAGUCAGCAGCGUUCUCCCUCGCGGGCCGCAAAGGGCGUCUGGUCCUCGUCGCGCUGCUGAUCUCCGUCGUCUUCCAGCGCGCCGAGCCUCACCCGUUUGUCAGGAAGGACAUUGCGGAGGCCGAAGACAGCGACAUCGCGCAUCGCCAUGGUUAUGCUCAUGCUUAUGGUGGCGGGGAUCGUCGCAGGCUCGCGGACCAUGUGUUCUCCAAGUCGCCCUUCAAGGCGUCGUUCGACCGCAAUGCUGCCUCGCAGCGUCUUUCCCCGCACCAGCUUCGACGCCUGCAAGAGCGCGCCGAUAUGGCCGCCUCCCAGGCCCAUCGUCGGUCGGUGCUGCAGGGGACAUCGGACAGCCUCAUCUUUCCGCUCUUUUCCUUCGACAUCAAGGGCCCGUACAUCAUGACGAUCAUUCUGGGGUCCCCCGCGAGGCAGUUCGUGGUGCUGGCGGAUCUGAGCACGAGCGUCACGUGGGUCAGCUGCGACUGCAUUUUCUGCCCCUCCGCCGCCAACGCGCUCGAUGUGCUCGGCAUUAACCGUACCACACUGGACACACGCAAGUCCCUGACUGCCAAGCCCGUGCCAUGCACGAGCCCGGUGUGCGCACAGAGCGCCACCUUCUCGUGCAACUCACAGCCGCUGCUGACAGACCGGCCGGACGUGUGCGAGUUCAACAUCAGCAUGGGCGCGGGGGACGUGUUCUCGGACGUGCUCACCGUGCCGCUGUUUGACUCCUCGCUGCCGCCCGGCGAGCACGACAGCUUCACCUCGCCCAUCAACUUCGGAUGCAGCAGGGUGGAGGACCCAAUGAUGGAGGGCUUUGGGCCCGACGGCGCCGUGGGGCUGGGCGCGGGGCCGUUCUCGUUCUCGGCGCAGAUGCACGCCACCAGCACCCUCAAGGGCAGCAACGCCACGCGCCCCAACGCCUUCGCGCUGUGCCUGGACGGCUCCUCCGCCCAGUCGGGCGUGCUCGUUGUCGGCUCCACGCCGGACCCCGUUGGGCUUGUUUCCACGCCCUUCAGUGUCGCCGAUAACAGCUCGCGCUACCUGCUGAACGUGAUGGGCAUUCGCUUGGGCGAGCAGGCGAUCAACGGCUCGGCGGGCAUCGGCAAGAUGGUCAACUCGUCCUUUGGGGGCUUCGCCCUCGACACGGCGCGCGACUUCCUCUCGCUGCGCCGCGACGUCUACGAAAACCUCGCCAACGCGCUCUUCCUGCCAGAUGCAGUGAUGGGGACGACGGUGGACGCCUUCCCUGGCUACUUCUGUGGCGUCCUCGCUCUAAAUGCUAAUCCGGAUGAGAUCUUCCCACCCAUCUCGUUCGAUCUGCCUGAGGGGUCCUUCUCAGUGACGUGGCCCAACUACAUGUACUCCCCUGGCAAUGAGACCCACCAGAUCCUCUGCCUGCUGGCCCAAUCGCACCCGGACUGGGCUCCCCGCGCCGUGUACUUGGGCACCCCGUGGCUGGUGGACCACUACUGGAAGUUCGACGUGGAACAGCGCACCGUUGCCUUCACGCCCCUCAACUGCUCAACAUUCGAAGCGAUCAUACUCGCUCCCUCCCCUUCAUCCGCCCCCGCAGCACCUCCCAACCCCAAUCUCCCCGCCCCCUCCACCUCCCCCCCCUCGCCCUCUACAUCCCCCAUUGCGCCUUCUGACGCCUCGUCACCGUUGACUGUAAUAACACCCGUUUCCCCCCCUCCCCCGAAACCUGCUUCACGCAUUGCCAUGGGUCACCUCGCCCCACUCGUCUCCGCCGCCCUCCUCGCAACACUCCUGCUGUAGCCACCUCUCGCCCUCCGAUCACCGCGCAUCAUCUACCCACCUUGCUUCCUCCACCUGUUUCUCUCCAGUGACGUGAUGCAUAUGCCCCCAUAACCCCCCCAGGGGCGUUUAGAUGGGUCCCCUAGUGCCCACGUGCUGCCUACUGCUGCCUACUGCUGCCUACUGUUUCCAACUGCCAACUGUGAACCAACCCUGUGGUGUUGCCCCAUGUCUCUGGCAAGCAACCAGCGUUGCGUACCCUGUCCGCCGCCUGCCCCUGCUUCGCCCACCACAACCGCUUUAUGCAUUCCCUCUCGAGCCGUGAUGCUAUUUAGAAAAGCAUGGCAUGGCAGGCCCUCCCUGCCAGGUCUGUAAAUCUGGUCGUUUUGAGCCGUUUGCCCCAUCCUUCAUUGGUUGACUGUUGGCCAACCUUCCCAGCUUCCCCUCGUCUUUCUCUGCUUAGGUGCUCUUGCAAGAGGCGGCUGUAGCUUGGUUCAUGUGACCUGCUCAGUCUCUUUACCUUUCCAGGGUGCUGUUGGGCAUGUGGUACAAUGGGAUGGGAAUGGCUUGGCAUGGAGGGCUUGCAGGAAUGAAAUUGCAGCUGUGUAAGGGCAGGGGCUGAUGGGCACAUGGGGUAUUGGGAGAAGACCAGUUAAAUAUUAUAUGUACUGAUAUGCACUGAUGCAGUAUUUAUUUCGAAUCAUUAUUUUAGUAUACAAUGGGAUUUAGUAU